UUUGAUAUUUUCAGAUACCGAAACAUGCACCCGGACAUCAUGACGCGGAUCGUUCUUUUCCUGCAUAUCGCCAUUCUUUUCAACUUUUGUUAUGGAGAAGGUUAUGGUAUCAAUAGGAGUAUGACUAGAAAGUACCCAGUCCGUAGGGCCAUAAACCUCCUCACACACUAUAGAGGUUCGCAAUCUUAUUCUAAUCCCGCAUAUCGUACAUCAUCAUUAACAGGAUACGGUAACAAAUAUAUUGGAAAAGGAUUUGCUACCCCAGUUGGAUUUGCUCCAAGAUACGGAGGUGGCUUCAAUAGUAGAUCUUAUGGUGUUGGAAUGCCUAAUAGGAAAUAUGGAGCUGGUUAUGGUAAACUUUUCGGCGGGAACGUCUAUGGUUAUGGUGGUUCAAAAAGUAUUAAAGGAUUAAACUUUCACAGAUCCACCAAAAUAUAUAGGGGAUAUGGGAAAACAUAUACAGGAUGAUGAAACAUACCAUGCCUUUAAAAAAACUUAAUAUAACUCAAAUAACUGGAAUUAUAUAGACAAGAAACGACAUAGUUUUCUCUGCAGAAGAUAAGAAAGUUAAAGUUACAAUCAGGUUUCAUGAAAUUGUAUUGGCCUAUAAUUGUAUGUCGAUAUUUCUUGAACAUGUUCAGAUGAUGUAAAAAGACAUAUAACAGAUGUAUUAAUUUUCAUAUUUUUAUUAAA